AUGCUCUACAAUUCCGUUUUUGCUUUGGCCAUGGCUGCAUCAGCCCUCGCAACUCCCGUCAUGAUCAAACGUGACGUCUUCGACUGCAACGUCGCCUAUGUCUCCUGCAUCGCAAACCCAUACCAAACAGAGAGUUACUGCAGCGACACGCGCAACACCUGCGAAGCCUGCUGGCAAACCGAGCAAUCCUGCAGAGUCACUGCCGACUACGCCAAAGGCAUCCAAUGUACCGUAGAUGCCCAAAUCUGCUUCCACACUGCCGAGAACCCUGCUUCAGUGUAUGGCGCAUACGAUUGUGAUGCUGCAUACAGCACUUGCACCUCUGCUCCAGACACCAACCAUGCUUUCUGCGCCGCUCAGCUUGCUGGCUGUAGGUCUUGUGAGACGCAGGAGAAUCAGUGUCGUAGUGCACCUGGCGCCAAUCAAGCUGGUUGUUCUGCUCAGUCGGCUGGCUGCUUCAGAGAUGCUGUCACUUCCAACGGCACUUAUUCUGGUUAA